AUGGCGACCCUGACGCAAACGCAGCCAGUGCGAACGCAACACCAUAUCUUUGUUGAGCCGCAACCUAGAACAAUCGAGAUACCCAGGCCUAUCAUCCAAGAACAACCUCUUGCGGCCACACAUCUUGCUCUCACAGUAAACGAACAGUUACAGUACAGCCUGACUCAAGUCUCAACACCACAUCUCGACGAGCAUGAGGUCCUGCUCAGAACAAAGGCCGUUGGACUCAAUCCCAUUGACUGGAAGACUGUGGAGUACAAAUUCUGCAUGCCCGAGCUUCCCUGGAUCAAUGGUCGAGAAUGUUCUGCCAUUGUUGAAGGCGUGGGAUCUGGUGUCAAAUCAUUAUCGAAAGGCCAACGAGUAUGGACGUCGACGUACUACCGCGAUCGAAGAGCAGGGUGUUUCCAAGAUCUGGUCGUUGCGCCUGAACACACUGUCAUCCCAAUGCCUCGUGGGGUGAGCUUUGAAGGUGCCGCUUCCUUGGGCGUGUGCGGUCUGACCGCAGCAAUGACAAUCUGGAAGUGGUUCGAAGUACCAAUGCACCGCAGACGUCAGACAAGGUCAUCAUCACGGGACGACAGGUUCGCGCUCAUAUGGGGCGGAUCAACCAUCACCGGCCAGUUCGCCAUUCAGAUUGCAGCAGAAGCAGGCUUCAAAGUCAUCGCUGUAGCUUCUGAGCGGACACAGCGAAAGCUUUUGGACCUUGGAGCACACCACGUCGUUGCUCGUGACGGAAAGUCGCUUGCAGCCAUCGCGAGCGAGAUCGAGCGUAUCGGCGAAGACAAGAUUGUUCUGGGUAUCGACCUCGCCAGUCCAGAGACCGCUGCCGUGGGUGUAGCAUGUCUCUCGAAAAGCCAAUCCGCUCGCUUCGCACCACUGGCCAUGCCCUCACCUCCUAUCGACGCCCCGGAGAAUGUCGAGAUCGUCAAUGUGGAAAUGAAGAGAUUUGUCCUGGAUCCGACGUCGAAGCAGUAUGCCGUACGAUUAGCUUCCUUGGUUGGCCAGGGCCGAGUGAAACUUCCAAAGGUCGUGGCAUUGGCUGGCGGGCUGCAAGAUGUGGAGGCUGGACUGCGGAGGAUACGCGGCGGUGACAUGGGCGGGUCGAAGCUGGUUGUACGAAUGCAUGGUUGA